CCAUAGUGUUCGCCGAGGACCUCGUGUACCUAAAUUAACUUUGUUGUGAUUUAAAUGAAAAAUAGAAAUCAUAAAUAGUGCGUAUUAAUAUUUACUGUAUAUAUACAAAGUGAAUAUGAAAGUUGAAAGAAUAUGGCGUGAUAGUUUUGGAAUAUCAAGUGUUUGAUUUUAUGAUUGCUUCGGAUAGUUUUGCGGUCGGCGACUGCAUGUUAGACAUUGCAAUUCAAGAACAGUAAAAGUAAAUACGCAAUGAAAAGGCGUAUGACUAGAACGCGCUUUGCUCCCGUGAAAAAUUAACUGAAGUGAAAGAAUCUGAAACAUUUGGAAUAUAAACUUAUUGUGAAGUUAAAACUUUAUAUGCAAAAAAUAUUGCAGUUGCGAAAAAUAACUAAAAGCGAAACGCCAUUAGUGCCGCCUUUCUAGAGUUACCAACAAAAUUAAUAUAUGUGCAAAUAAGUUGAUGAACUGAGAAAAGGUACAUGCAUUAAAGCUAAAAAUUAUAUUACGAGUUAAGCCAAAUUAUGAUUACGAUUCUUUAAAGGGUUGUAAUGCAACAUAAUUAAAUAAAUUUUAGCAUGUAAAUAUAGUUUAAUACGUAAAAAAGACUAAUGAAAAAGUGAGCAAAUAGUCUUUUUUUUUUUGUAAGGAAGCGCAAGCAACCUAUAGUGCAAGAAACUGUGUAAGACAAGACGAGCAAAGCGCAGAAGGCACAGACAGCCAAAAGGCUAGAAAGCAUAAAACAGCCAUUAUUCCAUUCUACAGGACGAAUUAAAUGUAAAAGCUAAUACUAAGACGUUUGGCUAUUAGAUUUGCUAUUCCAGGAAAAUAUCUAGAUGGCAAUGACGCAGAGUACGGCAUUUAUAAAAGGAGGUUUGAUUUUUUCGAGGUGAAGUAGCGGAGCUGCAGAACUAAGACAAUAGCAAUAUCGACGUUCUACGAUUCUUGUGAGGUGUUUAGAUACCCCUAGGCAUCAUAUUACGAGAACGAUCGCAGUAAAACAAAAAGAUAUUGGGAAGUGUAUAAGUCACAUUUCAUGUUGACUUUUCUCCUGACUAAUCAAGGAAUUAACAAAAAUUUGAACACCUGUAUUUGGAAUAUUGUUUGGUAAGCGGGAAAUUACCAGCAGCAUUAUAGCUGACCAACAACUCUACCAUAGGAUCGCCUUUUGACCACAACAACAGCAGCAGCAGUCAGAGCAGUUGUGUGGUGUAGUGCGCAAAAUGUAUCCUGCACCGGUGCGUCAUCCCUCGGCGGGGGGGCCACCACCUCAGGGCCCAUUGAAGUUUACAAUUGUUGACACACUUGAACGUAUCAAGGAGGAAUUCAACUUUCUACAAGCACAAUAUCAUACAUUAAAAUUGGAGUGCGAAAAGCUUGCCAAUGAGAAAACCGAAAUGCAACGCCAUUAUGUUAUGUACUACGAGAUGUCAUAUGGCCUUAAUGUUGAAAUGCACAAACAGACGGAAAUUGCUAAGCGUUUGAAUACUUUGAUAAAUCAGCUGAUACCAUUUUUACAAGCCGAUCAUCAACAACAGGUCUUAAAUGCUGUGGAGCGCGCGAAACAAGUUACAAUGCAAGAAUUAAAUCUGAUCAUAGGGCAGCAAAUACACGCACAACAAGUGCCCGGUGGACCGCCACAACCGAUGGCCGGCUUAGCGCCACUAGCUGGCCCAUUCGGUGCUUUGGGCGCUUCAAUGGGCUUGCCACACGCGCCACAAGGCCUGCUGAAAGCACCAACAGACCAUCAUCGUCCCGACAUCAAGCCAACCGGGUUGGAUGGGCCAGCUGGCGCUGAAGAGCGUUUGCGCAAUUCAGUGUCACCAGCUGAUCGUGAGAAAUAUCGCACACGUUCACCAUUAGACAUCGAAAAUGAUGUGAAGCGUCGAAAAGACGAGAAACUACAAGAGGAUGAAGGAGAGAAAAGCGAUCAAGAUUUAGUCGUAGAUGUUGCAAAUGAAAUGGAAUCCCAUUCGCCACGUCCGAACGGCGAACACAUGUCAAUGGAAGCGCGCGAUCGUGAAAGUCUGAACGGCGAACGUCUCGAUAAGCCGGGCAGCAGUGGUGUCAAACCGCCAACUGAAAGACCACCAUCACGUUCCGGUUCCAGUUCGUCGCGUUCAACUCCCAGCCUAAAAACUAAAGAUAUGGACAAGCCAGGCACACCGGGCGCCAAGGCACGCACUCCCACCCCAAAUGCUGCCGCACCAGCACCGGGCGUAAAUCCCAAACAGCUGAUGCCACAAGGUGGUCCACCGCCAGCCGGUUAUCCCGCCUCACCGUAUCAGCGGCCUGCUGACCCCUAUCAGAGGCCACCAUCCGAUCCGGCAUACGGUCGACCACCACCACUACCCUACGAUCCGCAUGCGCACGUACGAACAAAUGGCAUUCCACAUCCUCAAGCGUUAACUGGUGGAAAGCCUGCUUAUUCGUUUCACAUAAAUGGUGAAGGCAGCUUGCAACCGGUGCCGUUCCCUUCAGAUGCACUGGGCGGCGUCGGUAUACCACGACAUGCCCGUCAAAUUAACACUCUAUCACACGGCGAAGUUGUGUGUGCCGUCACCAUUUCGAAUCCCACGAAGUAUGUUUACACAGGCGGCAAGGGCUGCGUCAAAGUUUGGGACAUCUCACAGCCGAAUAAUAAAAAUCCAGUCAGCCAAUUAGACUGUCUGCAACGUGACAAUUAUAUACGAUCCGUGAAAUUACUGCCCGAUGGUCGUACGUUGAUUGUGGGCGGCGAGGCGUCCAAUCUCUCCAUAUGGGACUUGGCCAGUCCGACGCCACGCAUUAAAGCCGAAUUGACAUCGGCAGCGCCGGCUUGUUAUGCGUUAGCCAUCAGUCCCGAUUCAAAGGUGUGCUUCUCGUGUUGUAGUGAUGGCAAUAUAGCUGUCUGGGAUCUACACAAUGAAAUACUGGUGCGCCAAUUCCAAGGGCACACUGAUGGCGCCUCAUGCAUCGACAUCAGUCCGGAUGGUUCACGCCUGUGGACUGGCGGGCUAGAUAAUACGGUGCGCUCAUGGGAUUUGCGUGAGGGUCGCCAAUUACAACAACACGAUUUCAGUUCUCAAAUAUUCUCGCUUGGCUACUGUCCGACAGGGGAAUGGCUUGCUGUGGGUAUGGAGAAUUCGCAUGUCGAAGUAUUGCACGCAUCCAAGCCUGACAAAUAUCAGCUGCAUCUACACGAAAGCUGUGUGCUCUCGUUACGUUUUGCCACCUGCGGCAAAUGGUUCGUCUCCACAGGCAAGGAUAAUCUAUUGAAUGCCUGGCGAACACCUUAUGGCGCUAGCAUAUUCCAGUCGAAAGAAACUUCAUCCGUACUUAGCUGCGACAUAUCAACCGAUGACAAAUAUAUAGUGACGGGUUCCGGCGACAAAAAGGCAACGGUUUACGAAGUUAUUUACUAAUAUGUUUUCUUUUGUAAAUUUUUGCUAUCACCUGAAGAAGAACGCUCGUUUUCUAUGCGCAUACAGUUAUAUACCCACACAGCAGCAAUCACAUAUUGUCACACACACACAUAGACGUGCAUGCAAACCAAAUUGUGAAAAUAAGUUGCAUAAAAAUGUAAAAUGUAUGUGAGCGCAAAACCGAAUGCGAAUGCCGAAUCGAAAGGGCAAAGAACAUAAAAAAUCGUCUUAUAAGGACUUUGGUAUGUCUCAAGAAAAGUAAAGCAGAAUAAGCAAAGAAUAAUAAAAAUAAAAUACAUGAGUAGUAAGAGCACAGAAAAUUUGGGCAUAAGAGUGAAUAUUCAUAUAAACCGACGUACAUGGAGAAAAUGGCGAUGUGUAGCUGAACGUAAAAAGCAAAUAGUGGUUAAAGUAAAGAUUAACAAAAGCAAAAAAGGAAUAAGAGAAACGAAAAAGUAAAAAGUAAAAUUGAAAAUAAAUAAUUAUAAAUAAUAACAUAAACAAAUUGUAGAUUAUAAGUAAUUUUAAGUAAACUAAAGUUAAAGAGACAAGAAAAAAGCAUAAAAAUUAACGAAAAAAACUAAGCAUAUAAACGCGCAGAAAGAGUAAAAGCAGAAAGUUAUUAAUGUAUAAUGAGAUAGAACAAAAAAAAACUACAAAAAAAAAAUGUAGCAACACCUUAAGUUAAGCAGACGAAAACAAAGCAUGGGCUGCAAGAAAAAAAAUCGCAGCACAGAAAGCAAUAAAAAUUUGCUUAUUUGUGUAGAGCUGGGUUAAAAGUGAGCCAUGUGGUGGAGACGGAGUAAAGUGGAGAUUGUUGUUACAUGUUGGCAACUGACAGCUGGCAAGCAGAUAGUAGCGGUUACGAGAAUUGAAGGCAAAAGCACAGGCUCCAUCAACUGCAGAAAAUCCCUGAUUUGUAAGGCAAAAGAUUUUAUAUUUACACAUUGUUGUUGAUUGCAGUUGGUUAGGUGGAGCUAGUGGUGGCGUGUAGCACUUAUAACACUGUAGUUGAAUCUACACUACCGGUACAAUUUGGAUUUAAUUUCGGCUAAGGAUUUUGCUGUUACAAUAACUACGCCAACAGUAACUGCAACAACGAUCAGUGACAUUUCCACUACCAAUCCAACAACCACAACCAACUUAAGAAACAUUUUGUUAGCACAUAUAAUAUUUUAUUAAUGUAUAAUUAUGCAAGUGACUAAAGAAAUGAAAUGUAGAAAAACGAAAAAAAAAAAAACCAAACAAAAAACGUGAAAUAACAAACAAACGAAAUAUUAUAAUUAAAAUUUCUUAUGUUCAGGGAUUUUAUUGAACUUUAAAUAUUUGCUAUUUGUAACAAAAAACAUUUCUUUCACACAACUUUAAAAUACAUACAUACAUAUUUCAUGACUAAUAUUAGAACAGCUAAUUUCCUCCAUUACCACCCGCCGCUUUGUCGAACUUCAUGCCGCGGCCCGUCGGAGGGAUUGGCUUCGUUGGCGAAAGUGGCAUCGUUGUGCGCCUUAAAUUCUGCUACGCUUAGCUACCAGUGCUGCAUAUCCCUUCCUCUCCCCAGCCCCUAUCCAUAUAAAGCGGCGGUGUAGUUGGCCGACUCAACUUCAGACCAACCAACAAUUACCUCAGCUUUGCUCAGCCGAGUCAUUAUUUCAUGUUUAGUUAGUAAUUUUAAUUUUUCGUUUAUGUAUUUUUUUUAAUAUUGACUUACAAAUCCAAUGUAUGUGCUUUUGAAAAUUGUCACACACACACACAUACUCCACUCCAAGUUUAUAAUUUUAUUUCCUUUAAAUCAUAUUUUUUGUGUUUAAAAGUUUAGUUUUUUGCAAUUUUUCUUUUAAUAAAAAUUUAUUUCAUUCCUUCGUAUAUAAACGCUUAAUUAAAUACUAAUGUUAAUUACUUACAUAUUUUUUGUCCAUUUUAAGCGCAUUGAUAUUUUAUUUUACUUUUAAUUUUUAUCAUAUAUAUUUUUGUCUUAAUUUAAGUGCGUACGAUUUUGUAUGAAGAAAAUUAAUAAAACAAAAAGAUCUUAAACUUUAAAUUAAUUAAAUUGUAGUAAAAAAAGUAAUAAAGUGAAAAUAACAUAAUUAAGUAUGUACGUUUUGUGCGCGUUGUAGACGGAAGAAACAAAGCAAAAACAAAAGUGAAAAUCAACAACUACGGAUGUAUGGGGUGCAAAAAUGGAUGUCGAUUUAAAUGCUUAAAUAGAGAAGACUUAGCUUUUGAUUUUAAAUAUUAUUAACAAGAACUGUGAGAGCUAACGACACAUACCCCCGUUCAAGCUCAUAUUGUUUGACUUCUUCCACACAUCCUUCAUCAUUUGCCGUAAUAUCACCAUUCAGCUGUUUCUUUUUUUUUUGUUUUGUUUUGUAGGCUUCCUCAACUUCAAGUUCUCCCUCACUUCCAAACAUACUACAUUUUGCAUGUAUGCAUACAAUACAUACACGCAUACACAUUCAAAUAAAUAUAAAAGGUAUAUAUAUAUAAAUAUAAAUACUUAUAUAUAGUAAUUAAAAUUAAAA